AUGAUCAUGCUCGCCAGCAGACAGACACUCCAGCUCGGCGCACGUACGGCUGCACGUGCACGCUUCAGUACCUCGAGACGAUGGCAGAGCAAACAGGGCGAUUCCUAUCCGGCCAAUCACACUGCGCCCAAUAAGGAUGGUCAUGUUGUCGAGAAGGCCAAGAGCGGCAUGUCUCCCAAGGACAUCCAGACGGAAUCUGCUACCAAGGGACUCAACGAGGGUACAAAGACGGUUGAGGGUGCGAGUGAGCUCUACAAGAAGAACACGGGCAACCAGAGCAUGAAGGACUUUCAACCCGGUCAGAUGGGCGAGCAAACAGGUGGUACGAUGCAUCGCGGUGCGAAUGGCGCGUCGGCCGGUUCGAUGGGAGGAACGUCGAAAGCCUACUCGACCCAAGCUCGACGGAGAUUUACAACUUCAGUCGCACUGCUGGCCGAUGCAGCCAAAGAGAAGCCAACGACGCCCCAUCCCCCUGCUACGAGCCAUGUGACAGCCUCGACAGCCUCGCCAGAGGCAGACAAGACCUAUGUCAAAGGUCAGCCCGAGCCAGACUCUUACCAGCGCGAGUACGAAACCGUGACCGAGGGACAGCCUUCGAGUGAGAUCGAUCCUUCUGCGCUCUCCCGUAGAGGCGAGCUGGGCAAGAAGCCCAGCUUGGACACCAAUCCGAGUGGCGUCGGGAGCAGUAAUGAGAUACACGAGAGUGCGAAGCAGGCAGUCGAUAUGAUGAGCAAGAAAGGUACCACAAAGGCCAAGAAGAGCGCCGCCGUCAAAGAUAGACAGAUUCCUCCUGAUUUCCGCACAGAGGACGCGAGCGAACUUAAGUUUCGCCCGCCGAGAAAGAGCGACAAAGCAUAA